AUCCUGGUGCGCCUGCAGCGCCCGGGCGGCGAGGAGCAGCGGGACAUCGUCCGCGGCACCAAGGCGGCCGAAUUCCACAAUCACAUAUUUGAAAAAGUAAGCCCUGAAAUGGAAAAGCUGGGAUAUGAGUGCAAGUGCCUUGGAGGAGGGAAAAUUGAUCAUAAUAGCAAAGACAAGAAAAUUAGGGUAUUUGGGCUCUCUACAGGCUAUGGAAAAGCAGAUCAUUCGGUGACUGUAGAGAUACUGAAAAAAGUGUAUACAGAUUAUGAAUUUACAUGGUCAGAUGACAAGAAAUAAAUUGGCUACUUAUAAACACAACAAGCAGUUCAACACUGGCAAUGCUGUGAGCUGUACUUUGAUAAAUAAAAUUGAAUGUGUCUUCUGUGUAUGUUACCAUAAAUCUGGAGUAACUGGACUCUGCUGUAAUUAAUAAUAUGGUUAGUAAUCCCCAGAUAUAUCUUAUUUUUCAGAUCAUUCCUUUGUGCAGAAUCAGCAGUUCUAAGCCUUUUUCCUCUCCUUUUGACAUGCCAUCUAAUUAAACAGUGCCACAUCAUC